AUGAAAUCCUUCAGUCCGAUCCUUUUCCUUCUGGUCUUCCUCCAUUCCCUCCUGGGCUCUCAGGCCGCACCUUCAGCCCCUCUGCCCCUGGGCUCUGACGUUCAGGGGAUGGGUCACCCUGCAGCGACCUUCCCUGGCGCUUCUGAAAACGCCACUGGAGAAGGCCCUAACCCGCAAUUCCCUGCGACUAUUCGUCCUGAGCCCUCCAAGAUGCCUCGUGCAGUUUACCCUGAGACCACCGCUCUUGAUUUCACUGAGACCCCCGGGCCUGAUCUGGAAACCCCACAGCCCCAGUCUCCUGACACCCCCCAGCCUGACCCGUUCACCACCUCAGUAUCAGAAUUCCCGGACAGCCCCCACACUAACUGCUCCAAAGCGACACACCCAGAGCCUUCUGGGACCCCCGACCCUGCCCCGACAGACCCUCCACACCCUGGAUCCUCUGACACCCCAAAACCUAGUCCCUCAAAAGUGACACUCCCAGAAAAUCCUGAGACCCCAAAUGCUAACUCUAUGCAGACCACACACCAAGAAUCCGCAAAGAUCCUCAGACUUAACACCCCUGAAAUCUCACAUGUUAAAAGCCCUGACCCCACCAAGCCUCUUGACACCAAAUCUCUAGAAGCCAGUGAUGCUGGCACAACUGAGACCCCAAGCUCUCACUUCCCCCUGAACGUUCAUCCUGACCCCACUGAAAUCCUCCACCUAGAGGCCCACGAGAACCCUAACCCCAGCCCCACCAAAACUCCCCAAGCAGAGCUCCCCACAGCCCACCACCAGGAUGCAACCAAGAUCCCCCAAACCUCCGUCCUUGAAGUCUCCACUAGUCUGCACCCAGAAACCGCUGGGCCCCUCAGGGAUGCAGCCACUGCCCUCAGUGAGCUGCGCCCGAGUCCCCAGGCAGACACCCUCGCGGCCACCCAGCCUGACCCCUCUCAACUGCCCACCUCAGACUCGCCAGGGUCCCUUGAGCCAAAGGCCCCCCAAAACUCGGACCCCAAAAGGCAGAGCACCCCACUGGCCUCAGCCCGGAUUGUGGGCCCCCCUGCUCCUCCAGAGCCACCCAGUCAGCUGCUCCCCGCAAUUCCCCGGGCUCCCCAGCGGCGCGGGCGAGGCGAGAGAGUGAACACUAUCAUCGUGGUGGAGCACGUGAAGGAGACCGGCGUGACUCUCGUGGGGCGCCCACGCGGCUCGACUGGAGGGGCCCUGUGCCUGUUCUUUGCUGGGACCGGGCUUUUGAUCUGCAUCUUUCUGCUGCUGUGGUGUCUCUACCGGCGGGCAGCCCGACACCGGCCCUUCGCACACCACCGGCUCCCGGACAGCGGAGACGAGCCGGUUAUGCACCUGGAUGCCCCGAAGGACCCCUGCGACCUCUACUUUUAUGCGCCGGAUGCCUGGGUGCCUUCGCACAUCUCCACCAAGCAGCCGCCGCCCACACCGCCGCUGCCACCCAAGCUGCCCCCGCCUCCCCGCGGGGGACGCCCCCAGCGCCUGGAGCCGCUGUCCCCUGAUACGCUCCCCAACAACUUCGUGUGAGCCCCUUUCGGUCCCUCCAGGCCUGCACACUCUUCUUAGUGAAUCUCUUGGAUAUAGCGUCCAGCACGGAU